AGGAAAAGAGGGAGAGAAGGAGGAAGAGGAGGAGGAGGAGGAGGAGGAGGAGGAGGAGAAAGGGACAGAGGAAUGAAGCCGCUAUCGAGGAAUGUCCAGUGAAGGGGAGUGGGGUCACGUCAGGGUGAAGGGAGGAGUUAGUGAUAAGGUGACGCUCCCUCCCCUUCAUGUGACCCAUCCCGCCCCUACAUGUCACCUUGACGAGGUCAAUGAGGCAUGCAUCUAUUAUUGACCAGAAUUAACGAGUCACUCCCCCACAGACGUCACCUGUGCUCUGAUAUUCAGCACAGAUAAGGUACUCAUCUUUAACUGUUCUCUUGUUAUCGUCAUUGCUUGCUGAUAUUGCUGCCACAGCUGCUAUUGUCACCGAAGAUGUGAAAUCAAGGUGAGGUGAAAGUUCUCAGACGUCCCGACGGAAGUACAAAUUUUAAUCUUAAAUUCACUGAUUAGGUUACAGAUCAAUUAUUGUCCUGCCUCGGCAUUCCGCCGCAAUGAUUGGAGGGCGAAGCGUGACGUCAGGGAUGGGCCGGACAGCAGAGGCUGGCCACUCUAUCGGGCGCCGUGAUCCCCGCCGCACCCCGCCUCGCCUUGCCCGCCCUCCUCCCUCCCCUGACUGACCCCGCGCUGCUUACUGAGUCUCGGCUACCUCGAGGAUGCUGGUGUGGGUUUGACGGCGGGCGGCAGGUGACACAGAGGACACGCCGAGGCAAGGCGACGCGUGUACAGUGGCGGCAUGAAGGGCGCCUCUAACAUGGGGGGCGGCGAGAGACGGUCAUCUGUGCUCUCCCUCGAUUCUGAGGAUGAAAACAAGUUGGUGGAGGUCAAGACGGGUUGUUGUGGCCUCGACCCCACCACAGGUCGCGGCAAACAGAUCCACUUGGCUCAGAUGCUACUGCUGCCCUUCGUGCCCAUCAUGGCGCUCAUCAUCCAGAACGGGCUCAACAUGGUCAACGUGCUGCAGUACCAGUAUGAGAUGCAGGAAACAAUCGAUCAGGUUCAGAUCAGCACGGGCCUUGGUAACGUGACGGAGGCCCUGCAGUCUGAGAGGGCCGAGAUCGCCUUCUACCUCUUCACCAACGGCUCUGUCAUCCGCCGCAACCUGUCUGAACAUUUCGCCUACACCAAUUCCCUCAUCGACAACCUCAAGUGGCCAAUCUUCCGCAUCGACGACCCGCUUUUCAAGAAUAAGAUUCUCUUCCGCAUCCGCCUGGACGAUUUCCGCGACAAAAUCACGAAAUUCGACACUCCUUCGAUCGACGCUGGCAUCCGAUUCUACAACCGAGCCAAUUACAUCUUCCUUGACCAGCUAACGCGGGAAAUCAAAGAAAAGGACAGCUCAGGGGUGUGGCGGCCGCUGCUCGCCUACAAGAACCUCAUCCGCGCCAUCGAGCACCUGGGCAUCUCCAUGGUGUUCGGGGAGGAGUACUUCGGCCGCGGGGACCUGGACCACACCUCCUACCUCAACUUUGUGACCAACGAUGCCCUGGGACAGGACUUCCUCAAUGCUAGCAAGAGUUUUGCCUUUUGGAUCAAAGACAGGUACCUCCAGCUGCAGCAAACUUACCCCUGGUACUCCAACAUCACUCGACGACGUCAGGAAAUCGUCAACAGAGUGAAGAUCGAACCGGACUUCGACAAGGCCACCGAGUACUUCUAUGCAAUGUUGGGCUACCUGGACGCUCUGCAGAAGAUCCAGUAUGAGAUUCGUACGAGAAUAGAGGAAACCAUUCUGUCUGAGGUGACGUCCUCCAACAGUCACGUGGUGGUGGGCAUCGCUAUCCUCGCCGUGGUGCUUCUCAUCUCACCUGUCAUUAUUGUCCUCGUCAGAAUGGUCACCAGGACACUCCAGGCCUUCACGGAGACGCUACAGUACAAGACCUACGAGCUGAGGUACGAGAAGAAGCGGUCGGACAAGCUGCUGUACCAGAUGCUGCCGCCCUCCGUGGCUCAGCAGCUCAAGCAACGCAAGCAGGUGUCGGCCGAGACUUACGAAAUGGUCACCAUCUACUUCUCCGACAUUGUGGGAUUCACUGAACUGGCCUCUGAGAGCACCCCCAUGCAGGUGAUCUCCCUCCUGAACGCUCUCUACAAGAUGUUCGACUCGCGCAUCGAACUCUACGAAGUGUACAAGAUAGAGACCAUCGGGGACGCCUACAUGGUGGCCUCGGGUCUGCCGCAGCGAGGGGAAGACCAUGCUGUGGGAACGACCAACUUGGAUCGCCUCAUAUACACCUCUCCAGUCUACAAAAUCAUGAGCCACACUGGUCUAGGCAAGGAGCACGCCGCCGAGAUCGCCUCCAUGGCCCUCGAUCUCCUGCACGCUACCGAGAACUUCGUAGUGCCUCACAUGCCCGGCGAGCGUCUGCAGAUCCGCGUCGGCAUCCACACGGGGCCGGUGGUGGCGGGGGUGGUGGGGUCCAAGAUGCCGCGCUACACUCUCUUCGGGGAGUCUGUCAACAUUGCUUCCAAGAUGGAGUCGAAUGGAUUGCCCUUCAAGAUCCACGUCACCGCUGCCACCAAGGAGUCCCUGGAGAAGGUUGGGGGGUUCAUCCUCAAACUCAGAGGAGAGAUGGAGAUCAAGGGAAAAGGAUCGAUGGAGACUUACUGGCUGAUUGGCAAGCACGGGAAGCUGCCUGAGCGUCGCGUAGAGUCAGACAAGGAGGAGGAAAUCGACGUGAUGGCGGAGAACCCUCACACGGACGCCCGCCGCAAGCAGAGGAAGGCGCAGAAGAAGAAGGAGAGAGAGAACAAGGAAAAGUCAACCCUGAGACGCGCUAUCAACACUGUCAAAGGCCACCUGCCGAACUGAGGACAUCGACGUUAAUGGCUGGUCAAAAGGAGAGGUCAGCAUAUCCGCACCUACAGGAUCUCUCUACAACCUCUGUAGCGCCUACAUCAAGAAAGACAUAAGAAAAUGAGCCCAACCGUCCAUUUACAGUCUCCUCUCCUCACCCUUCGUCGUCUUUCUAGUGUCACGAGUGGUUUGGGGUUCCUGCUGAUGUCUACUUCUUCAGCGUCUUCUUCAGUAGACAGUAGGGGCUAGGCAAGGGAAGUGUGAUGUGCGUGUGGCUGCUGUUUGUUUUAGUCCAAAAGGGUCCUUUCUCCUCCUCCUCCUCCUCCUCCUUCAGCUACACUCACCCACAGGAAUUAUUACUACACCCUGCUGCCAAUGAAAGUGGCGCGCAUGAUAAACAAACCGUUGUUUCGUAGUGUGGGAAAAAUGUCCAGCUCAAUUGAAAUGGGGGGCUCAGUAUCAAGAAUGUGGCAACAUCGCCGAGUAGUUUGAAUAUCUGUCAACUGUCACAUCUCUACAUGUUACUACUCGGUAUUUUUUUCUUUUUUUAUGUAGGAGGGACACUGGCCAAAGGCAACAAAAAUCCAAUAAUAAAAAUAAAAAAAAAAAAGCUCACUGAGAUGCCAGUCCCAGAAAAGGGUCCAAAACGGUAAUAAAAAUUUGAAGGAUAAGUGUCUUGAAACCUCCCUUUUGAAGGAAUUCAAGUCAUAGUCAAGGUUGAUUCUUGACUAUGACUUAGAUUUGCCUCGUUUGCCCGGAUAUUGUGCCAUAUUUAUCCGCACAUUUCAUGUCGAUGCAAUGUUUUAAGUGUUAAUGGCAUGCAAGCCUCAAAUAUUCUAAACCAACAUAGACCGUAUUGACUCUUUCCAGAAGGAUGGGUGUGGGUCUGUCUAAGGUGAUUUCUAGGGAGACAAGACGGCCACAAAGAACUGUCCUCUGUGUGCUCCGGUGGUUGAAAAGAUGCCGUGAAAAUAAUGAUAAUUCCACCCCAGUGAAACAAACUGCUCUGGACGAAGGUGGAUUUUGUUAAAAAGAACUUGAUAAGGCGUCAGCUGAGUGCUUCACCAUUUCUCACAGUAAGAGAAAUGAAGCAAAAAAAAAAAAAAAAAAAAAAUUGAUGUGUGUGACACGAGACGCAAUAAAAACAUCAGUGCGCCACUUUCACUGACGGCAAGUGUAAUAUAAGAGCUAAGGUGGAAUGAUUCGUAGAUGUAACUUCGACAACUCUUGAGAUUUUGUUUAUUGUGACUUGUAAUCUUAUCUUGCGUAAUGUUGUAUAUAUAUACUUUUAUUCUAUCACCUCUCUCUCUCUCUCUCUCUCUCUCUCUCUCUCUCUCUCUCUCUCUCUCUCUCUCUCUCUCUCUCUCUCUCUGAAUUUUUUUCAUGUUCUUGUUGCUAUUUCUUGGUUUGGUUACUUGCUUGUCUGCUUUUGCUGUAACUUGUGUGGUUUUCCGUGUAUUUUUUUUUUUCCAGUUUUAUUUAAUUUCUCUUUUUGGUUUUGAUUUUGCGUAAUCUGGUGUUGUUUUUCUUAUUUCAUUUGUGUUGCACUUAAUCCUUUCUCUUUUCCUCCUCUUUCUUUCUGCCUCUCUUUCUUGCUUUCUUUUUUUUCCUCAUUUCUUGCUUUCUUUUCUUCUUCUUUUUUUUUUCUUCUUCUUCUUCUUCUUCUUCUUCUUCUUCUUCUUCUUCUUCUUCUUCUUCUUCUUCUUCUUCUUCUCCUUCCUCUUUUUCUUCUUUUCCUUCUUCUUCUUCUAUCUCUUUUUUCUUCUUUUC